CACACUACUGUGUCAUAUGAUCAUCAUUAACUGGAGAUACUUUCAUCAGUAGGCGUUAACUCUUUGAAAAAUUCAAUUAUAUAAAAAUAAUUAUAAAAUUCAUUAUUUAUAGAAACUUGAUAAAUUCUUAAACUUCAAAAUGGCAUUAAGCGAUGCAGAUGUACAAAAACAGAUUAAUCAUAUGAUGGCAUUUAUUGAACAAGAAGCCAAUGAAAAGGCAGAAGAAAUUGAUGCUAAAGCAGAAGAAGAAUUUAAUAUUGAAAAAGGACGUUUAGUUCAACAACAAAGACUUAAAAUUAUGGAAUAUUAUGAGAAGAAAGAAAAACAAGUAGAACUUCAAAAAAAAAUUCAAUCAUCUAAUAUGUUGAAUCAAGCUCGUCUAAAAGUUCUAAAGGUUAGAGAAGAUCAUGUACGCAAUGUAUUAGAUGAAGCUAGGAAAAGACUAGGAGAAGUAACAAGAGAUAUUUCACGAUAUAGAGAAAUUUUAAAAUUAUUGAUUGUACAAGGAUUAUGCCAGUUAACAGAAAAUCAUGUUACUAUUCGUGUACGUCAAGUAGACUUUCCUUUAGUGGAAUCACUUCUUGAUUCUGUUCAAAGUGCUUAUAAACAAAUAACAAAAAAAGAUGUCACAAUUAAAGUUGAUCAAGAUAAUUUCCUUCCUUCUGAUAGUUGUGGUGGUGUUGAUUUAUUUGCAGCUAAAGGACGUAUCAAAGUUAGCAACACCUUGGAAACACGAUUAGAAUUAAUAGCACAACAACUAAUACCGGAUAUACGUUCUGCUCUAUUUGGAUGCAAUUCUAAUCGCAAAUUCAUUGAUUAAAAAAUUCCUUUCAUA